AUGCUGUGCCGAACGCUCCCCCGCCGCGCCGCGGCCGUCGUGUCGCGUGCCGGCGUCGGUGCCGGUGCCGCUGUCGGUGCUCGAGCUCUGAGCGCGACGGCACUUCGACAGUCCAAAACCCCCUCGAUGGGGGACAUCAACCCUUCGCCGUCGGCGGUCCAGUCCUUUGCCGGCAAGCAAAAGGCCUUUCGAGAGCAGCAGGCGGAGGCGCAGAGGGAGAGAGGAGCACGUGCGUUGGCCGCCCAACGAUCCUCCGCUACUUCGUCCGAGAAGUCGGGUCGAGGCUCACCCAAGAUCGAUGCAGGAGCGACGGCCGAGGCGAAGCAGAACGAGACGGAGCGAAAGCAGGGCGCCCUCACCAACCUCAUCUACGGUACCAAGGAGGGUCGCGAGAUGGACGCGCAGAUCCAGGCGAGCUUCAGCCAGGUCCUGGCCCGAGGAAAGUACGUGCACUCGAUCGUCUUCCACGAGGUCAAGCCCGACAAGGUGGACGAGUACGUCGAGCUCGUCGGCAAGUGGUACCCUCGGGUGGCCAACGCGACGGAGAACAAGGUGCAUCUGGUCGGCAGCUGGCGCACCGAGAUUGGCGACUGCGACACGUUUGUUCACAUCUGGGAAUAUCAAAAAUACGCCGGCUACCACGAGUCUCGGUACUCCAUCACGCACCAACCCGGCUACGCCGAGAUGGACGCCAAGCUGAAGACGAUGAUCAAGUCCAAGAACAUCUCCCUCAUGCAGGAGUUCUCCUUCUGGCCCACGACGCCGCCGCGCCAGCUCGGCGGCGUCUUCGAGCUGCGAUCAUACACGCUGCACCCGGGCAACCUCCUGGAGUGGGAGACGCACUGGCGUAGGGGUCUCAAGGCCCGCCGGGAGGUCAUGGAGGGUGUCGGCGCCUGGUUCGUGCAGAUAGGAGACCUGAACACGGUCCACCACCUCUGGCAGUUUGCCAACCUCGAGGAGAGGCGAGAGCGCCGCGAGAAGAGCUGGUCGGUCGAGGGCUGGAGCGACACGGUUCACAAGACGGUGCCUCUUAUCCAGAGCAUGAAGUCGAGAAUCCUGAUCCCCAUGCCCUGGUCGCCCGUGGCCUAA